UGGGAUGAACUCGAGUCACUCUUAGAAAACAUCGAUGAAACUGAUCGGACAACUCCAAAAGUGAUCGAAAAGAAUCCAUGUGAGGAUCACAUCUGUGGAUGGGGUAAAGAAUGUGUUGUAUCGAAAAGUGGAGAACCUACUUGCGAAUGUAUUUCGACGUGCCCAACAUUGGAUGGUGACCCAUAUGACAUGGUUUGCAGUAAUACGAAUGAAACUUUUCCAUCACUCUGCGACUUAUAUCGGGAACGAUGCUUGUGCAAGAGAAAGUCCGUUGAGUGUAAAAUGAAUGCAAAGGUGCAUUUGGAAUAUCUCGGUGUAUGUAAAGAACUCGAACCUUGCACCGACGAAUUAAUGCUUCAGUUCCCAACACGGAUGGCGGAUUGGCUUUUCCAGGUGAUGAAAGAACUAAAAAAACGGCGAGAGUUAAAUAAUUUGGAAUGGGAAGAAUUAAUCGCUGAAGCUGAGAACGAUGAUGAAAAGCGACAUGUUUAUCCAGUUAUAUGGAAAUUCUGUGAUUUAGACAUUAAACCACAUGAUAAACAUGUCUCUCAUCACGAAUUAAUUCCGAUAACAGCACCAGUAAUUCCGAUGGAAUCAUGCAUCAAACCAUUCCUUGAAAGUUGUGAUGUUAAUAAUGAUGGAAAUAUUUCGAUUAAGGAAUGGGGAAGAUGCCUUGGCCUCAAAGACGGCGAAAUUCAAGAAAGAUGUUGA